AUGAACACAACUAUAGAAAACAAUAAAGAUAAUUAGAUUGAACAAAUAGAAAAAAAAGUCAAGAUUUAAAAGCCAAAGAAGGCAGAUUUUAGAAUGCAUGCUCAUGUCAAUCCAUUAAAUGAAACCUUGUUCCCUUAUCCUCUCAAUUACAAUUAAGUUGAUUGGUCAUCGCAUUACCCUAAGAAGUUUGGAAAGGAUCCAUUGAAGCUAUACCUCAACACCUUAGAAUAUCCAAUUACUUACGAUGACUAAGUGAAACCAGAAUACUCAGAGUCAAUUGUGGAUUUUCUUGAUAUUGGAUGCGGAUUUGGAGGAUUGUGCUUUGCCUUGAGUGAAAAUUAUCCAGAUAAGUAUACUUUCGGCAUGGAAAUCAGAGGCAAAGUAGUGAACUUUGUGGGGGAAAAAAUAAGAGCCUUAAGAGAUGAGGGCUAAGCUCACGAUGUUUCAGUGAUUCGUACUAAUACUAUGAGACAUUUACCUCAAUACUUUAGAAAAAAUAGUUUAGAAAAAAUCUUUAUUUGCUUUCCUGAUCCUCAUUUCAAAAAGAAAAAUUUUAGAAGAAGAAUCGUCAAUCCAGGGCUACUCUCUGAGUAUGCUUAUCUAUUGAAACCAAGCGGAAGAAUAUACUGUAUUACUGAUGUUGAGGAGUUGCAUAAUUGGCAUGUUUAACAUCUUGAAAAGCAUAAGAUGUUUAAACGGGUUUAAGAUGUUGAAUAAGAUUCAGCUGCAAAACUUAUUUGGAAUUCUACUGAAGAGGGAUAGAAGGUGGAAAGAAAUAAAGGAUCCAAAUUUAUUAUUGUUUGUGAAAAAGUAUGACUUACAAGAUUAAUAAAAAUACAUUAUGUAACUUAAAUUAAUAUUAAAAA